CCCCCCAGGAUACAGAACCGAGACCCGGAUCCUGCGUCGCACGUGUGUCCGAGUUUUACGCACUAUUCCUGGGGAAAAUGCUGCGCGUCAGGUGCCUGAGAGGAGGUAGCAGGGGGGCCGAGGCCGCCCAUCUGAUCGGAGCCAUGGUGGGCCGCUCCGUCGCCGGCUGGGUGCAGAGGGCCUUCCAGAGCACGUCGAGUGCAGCAGCUGCACAACAACAGGCAGCUGAGGAGGAAGCUGUUACUGAGCCCCUUCAGCAGGAAUGUCCUGUCUGCAGCCACAACGAGUGGGACCCUCUGGAGGAGGUCAUCGUGGGCCGGGCCGAGAACGCCCAUGUGCCUCCCUUCACCGUGGAAGUGAAGGCCAACACGUACGAGAAGUACUGGCCCUUCUACCAGAAGCACGGGGGCCAGUCUUUCCCAGCGGAACACUUGAAAAAAGCCGUUUCUGAAAUAGAAGAAAUGUGCAAUAUCCUGCGUCAUGAGGGCGUCGUUGUGAGGAGACCAGAACCCCUGGACUGGUCCGUGGAGUACAGAACCCCAGAUUUCACAUCUACAGGUAUGUACGCUGCCAUGCCCAGAGACAUCCUGAUCGUUGUGGGAAAUGAAAUCAUCGAGGCUCCGAUGGCCUGGAGGUCUCGGUUCUUUGAGUACCGGGCCUACAGACCUUUGAUUAAGGAGUACUUCAGGAGAGGAGCCAAGUGGACCACUGCUCCAAAACCCACCAUGGCUGAUGAUCUGUACGACCAGGACUACCCCAUCCGGACCGUGGAGGACCGGCACAAGCUGGCUGCUCAGGGCAAGUUUGUGACCACAGAGCACGAGCCCUGCUUCGAUGCUGCUGACUUCAUCCGGGCUGGAAGGGACCUCUUCGUCCAGAGGAGUCAGGUUACAAACUACUCAGGAAUCGAGUGGAUGAGGCGUCAUCUGGCCCCGGACUACAAGGUCCACAUCAUCUCCUUCAAGGACCCCAACCCGAUGCACAUCGAUGCUACUUUCAACAUCAUCGGACCGGGACUGGUUCUGUCCAACCCGGACCGCCCGUGUCGCCAGGUCGACAUGUUCAAGAAGGCCGGCUGGACCGUGGUGAAACCGCCCACGCCUUUGAUUCCUGACGAUCACCCUCUGUGGAUGUCCUCCAAAUGGCUGUCCAUGAACGUCCUCAUGUUGGACGAGAAACGAGUCAUGGUGGACGCCAACGAAACCACCAUUCAGAAAAUGUUCGAGAGCCUCGGUAUCCAGACCAUAAAGGUGAACAUUCGCCAUGCCAACUCCCUUGGUGGGGGCUUCCACUGCUGGACAACCGAUGUCCGCCGCCGCGGUACCCUGCAGUCCUACUUCCACUAGCCUCGCCAGAAACGGGCAGUUUUUAUUGAGCUUUGGAAACUAAAGCCUCAAUCCGGAUUCUUAGUGAUGAAUCUGCAGUUUCUUCAGACUUUGUGUGAAAGGAAAUAAUCUUUGAAAAGUUUAAUGUCUUCAGCUCCUCUCCGGAUUGUGUCUUUGUGUCUUAAACCAACAUUUAGGGAUGUUUUUGAUUUGCUGCCUCUUUGCAAACGGCUUUGUUCAGAGAUAAAUGUCAAACAUUGGCUGGAUAGCGACAAACGAUCUGUUUCCUUCAGUCGGGAAUCUCAAUAUAAAAACUGCAUUUCUGGCCUGGCUACUGCGAAGCUGAAGUGUUUCCCACCAACAAGCCGAAGCUUUGAGGACAAGGUACAAUUUGGUAUGUGAAUGUCACCAAACAAGGGUACAUGAGGCGGAAAACCUACCUCCUCAUGAAGCUGAGGGUGUUUUUUUUUUUCAGCUGCUCAGUGAAAACCACCCUCAUCUCUUUCCAGUACCUGUUUUUUUAUAUAAAGUCAUGUAUAAAUCUUUUAGGUAGGCCAGGAAACAAUUUAACGUCUUAUCUCAUAUAGUUUCUUAUUUUGUAAAGUUUUAAUUGAUUCAACAGGAAAAGUUCUGCUUAUAUUUUUACUCAUCUUUAUUCGAUUUCCCAGGAAUUCUUUAUUAUUAUUAUUUUUUUAAAAUAUUUUCAUACGAAGUGGUCCAUAUCAAAUAUUGUCUACCUUUUGCCUCUGCUGUUCUCUCCUGUUGCACACCUGGGCCAGUUUCAGUCCGAGCUCAUCGAUUUCUGGAUGCUUAGAUGCAAACGUGCUGAAAGCUUGAUGUCUUAUGAUUCCUUUAGAGUGUCAUUUUUCAGCUUUGAUUUGUUUUUUCUUUUUUGGUUGUUUUUUGAAACAAUAAACUUGAGGAAAUGA